AUGAAGAGUAGCGAUAGCUUGCGACGGGUUAACCGUCCCGCUGCCAAUUGCAAUUUCGACCUGCCACCAGCUCUUCAACAAGCGCAGGCCCAUGCGCAGGCACAGGCACAGGCACAGGCUCGGGCGCAACAACAACAUCAGCAGCACCAAGUUCAUCUUCAGGCUCUUCGAUCUCAAUCUCAGCCUCAAGAGCCCAUCGCAACCGCUGUGAUCUCGACAAGCCCAGAGACCACCACCUCUUCUUUCCAGGCUCCUCCAACCGCCAGCAGGUUCCGUUCCUUUUCUUCAAGACCCAGUCUUCAGGACCUGGUCCCUGUCGCUGUCGACGGGACUUCAAACGUCCACGACCAACUUCCAGCCUAUGCCCUGUCGUCCUCAUCUUCCUCGACGGGUCCAUCCUCUUUUUCAUAUCCUCCCGCGCAUUCAGCUGCUCCCAACACCGCCACUAAUACUGCGGCUGCUGCAGCUGCAAUAGCACACACUGCUCCGGCUGUCAAUCGACCCCGGCCCCUGGGCCCAUCCUCCUCCGACAUAGCGACCGCCGCCGAGCAGGCUCACUUCCUCCACCCUGUCUCAUCUACCUCCAGCUUACGUCCAAGGGCUUCGACCGCUAGCGCCUCUGCUUCUUCGUCUCCAUCGCGUAUUCCUCCCGGUAACUCUCUCCUUCGACAACACACCUCGCCGCCGUCUGCUGUCGACAACAACUCUGCCCACUUUGUUCCUCGAGGCGGGUUGCCCCCCGCGCCAUCCAUCAUGUAUCCGACAGGCCAGAGACAUGUCUCGGGCGUCGACCCCACGAGGCCCUACCAGGUCCCUCCUCCGCCGCCGCCCCCCAUGGGAGCCCCGAACGCCGGCCAGAUGGGCAACAUGAUGAACCUGCCGCCGCCGCCGCCGCUUCCUCGAUAUCCCACCGCCCCAGGCAACUCCGGCGUCUCGAUCCCCCCACCUCCCGGUCCGCCUCCGGCGAGUGCUCUCGGCCAGCAGCCUCCGUGGCACGGCGCCUUCGGGCGCAUGUAUGACGGACGGCAACCUGCUAGCUAUAACAUCCCGCCGCCGCCGCCCGGCCAACACCAGCCGUACAACCCAAAGUUACACGCCCAGAUCGCCGCUGGGCAAACAGUCUCUAUCCCUCCACCUCCCCCGCCAAAUGAGGCUAUGAGUGCGACCUACAUACCGCAGGGCGACACAUACGGAGAGGGAGUUGGUAUCCCCGCCUUUGGACUGGAAGACCCAACCCUGACUGUCAACUCGCAGACAUCACGGCCAGUGACAACGCCUCAGAGCGGAACUGACACAAAUGCCACAACUCCCAUGGACGACGCUACGAGAGAACGUCUCUACGCUGCCAAUAACGCCCAGCCACGCGGCACAUCUAAUUCCUCAAACGCCACUCCUCCCGGCUCGAUCCCUCCAGAAAUUGCUGCUCAGUGGCCCCUCGAUACCGUGCUGAUCUGGUUGGCCCAGAACCAGUUCUCUAAGGACUGGCAGGAAACAUUCAGGGCCCUCAACUUACACGGAGCGCAAUUCCUCGAGCUCGGAAGUGGCCACGGUGGACGUGGUAACUUUGGUAUGAUGCAUCAACAGGUGUAUCCUAGGCUUGCCCAGGAGUGCACGAACAGUCGAACCGGUUGGGACCAACCCCGCGAGCGUGAGGAGGGCAAACGAAUGCGAAGAUUGAUCCGAAGUAUCGUGACCGGUCGACCAGCUGAUAUGUCUAAAGUUACAACUAAUCACGGUCGGAAAGAAUCCCUCAACGGCGGACAUGGGAACAACCUGCCAAGCGCCGGAACCGAUCCCAUGGAUUCGCCCAAUACGCCUCUCAGUGGCCCUGGUUUUGGCGGACGCAGGUUCUCCCAGACAAGGUCCACCACAUUACCGAAUAGUGUUAGCGGACCAAACCUUGGUUCUGAGUCUAAUCAUCGCAACAUUCUCAAGCAUGUUGAUACAGACGGUGCGCGCCGUCACAGUCCUAACGUUAGCGAAUCGGGUGAAGCUACCUUCCGUGGCCCCCCUGCACGCUCCGCGAGCCCUACCGGUAGCCCGGGUAUCCCCCCGGCGCAUUUCGGUUCAGGGACAACGCCUGUGCUUUCCCAAUCUCCGAGCACAAUAAAAGUCGGUCAUCGCUCAAGGAGUAGUAUGGACUCUGUGGCUUCUGUCGCAGCUAUAUAUGGUUCUGGUGUUCCAGCGGAUGCUGCUUCAUUACUAAACCGAAAUAUGAACUUGGCAGAGAUUGUCCAUGGCCGAGGCCAUGAUGCUCGGUCUCGCCACUCUCCCUCAGAUGGAGGCGAGAGGUCUGCAGGUGCAGAAACGCCCUCUUCAGCUAAGGACUCCAAAAGCUUUCUGAGUUUUCUAUCCAGGAAAAAGCGACAAACCAAAGACGAUGGUGCAUAUCCGUCCCCUGAAGAUAUGGAUGCCUCUCCAACUUCGCCACAAGGUUCUAUUCGGCCGAUGGGCAAUGGUAGCGACACUAAUCUUGAGCUCUCCGGCUCAACGUUGGGCCCUGAUGAUAGGAACGGCCAUGCUUCGGGCCUUCGACCUAGGAGGGUAAGCCCCGUGAGGACCUAUGUCUUGGCCACUAUGGACUACUGGAACUACCGAAUGUGUGAUAUCAGCGAAACAGAGACAGCAGCGGAAGUUCGCCAAGUCAUCUGCAUGCACCUAGGCCUAGGCGACUUUGAAAACUCACACGUCUAUCUUACAGAAGUUGGCAAGUUUGAACAUGUGGAUCCUCUAGACGACUCAAGCCUUAUCACCGUCAAGAAAGCAAAAGGUGAUCCUCUUGGAUCACUGAAGUUCUUCGUAACACCACCAGGAGUUGCACCUAUUUCUAGCCAUGUUGCCAAGGCCGAGCUUCCUGGAUCCUUAUCUCCUAAUUACCUUGCUCCGGGAACUUCUGCCGAGGAUGCUCAACGAAACAGCAGACAGAGAUCUAGUUCAUCGCCCCCAACAUCUCGGUCUAACACAUUGAUAGACGAAAAGAAUGAGGACAAGGUAGCACGAGAAGCAAGCUCGUAUAGAGCUGAGAUGGAAAGGAAGCAACGUGAGUACCUGGCUAAGAGGAAACAAGCGGCGAUGAAGGGAAGUCCUUCGGAGUCAGUUGGACCAGGUAUUGUAGGUCGAAACGUCGAUUUCGAUCAACCUCGCGAAUCGCCAUAUGAGGACAAGCGACCAGAACAGCUCUUCCCCCAGAGGCGACCUCCAGCACCACCAAGCGAUCCUUCUGCAACCUUAAUCAAGGCAAACUCGCUGAGCAGAAAAUCUGGGGCAAGCAUGCGCGCAUCUAGCAGUAGCUUCGAGGGCUACCCAACACCAAGAUAUCCACAUGCUGAGAGUGAAAUGACUGAGAAGUCAAGGAGGAACAAGCCUGUGCCUCAGCAGCAAGCUACAGGCCCUGCCGGCAUUGGAGCGGCCCUUGCAGGCAUGGGCAGGAAUUUGAGUGCGAUCGGGCAGUCUGUUAAGAAUGGCCGUGCCCCAUCCCCGUCUCGAUCUUCAACGCAGUCAAUUCCAGGAGGUAAGGACACAUUUUCUGGCGAUGACCCCCAUCAAUCCAAUUUCGGUCGUGGUAGUCCAAGUGCAAUGUCAGUACCAGGUACUUUGACCUGGAGCAAGAAACACUUGCCUUUUGUUGUGCCAGACUACUCACCAAGCGAAACCCCCAUUCUGUUGAGCCCAACCCUCGAAACUGCACCUGAAGCUAAAAUGAAUGAAACAGUCCCGAGAUCAACAUCUCCUGCUGAGAUGAGUCCCAAUUCAAGUCGUCCAAGGAUUUCAUUUCCUUCAAGCGAGUCGUCGCCUCCGCAACGGCGUGCCAGCCACGCAGACCCAGAUUAUGAGGACACGGACGUCCAGUUCCACAAGCCAGCUCCGGCACCACCAGCUGAUGACGAUAGUGGAGAUGAUUCAGACGAUGGACUCUUUGCUAUUCCACUUGCUAAUAGAAAUAAGGGCAAGGCUGCUGCUGCGAAUGGAGAUGCCAAUGGCCAUAGCAAGCGUCCUAGUUUGACCCUUAACAUAGCACGCUCGAGAAAGGGGUUAUCAGUUGCCUUUGAAUCGCCCAAAUUCGGCACUAGCUUGACCCCUGAUGGUAAUGAGGAGUCUGCUCGUGGGCUGAAGCCAUCGACACCUCGCUCUGAAACCUGGGACUCGGAAGAAAAGGAUAAGGACAAGGACAGCAGCAAGCUUGGUCGGCGAAAAUCGUUCAUUGAGAAGGACGUUUGGGCUAAUCGUCCUCCAACGGACGCCCUUAUCAACAACCUUGACGACUUCUUCCCCAACUUGGAUCUGGAUCAGCCUGUCCUAGACGAGCCUAGCAGUGAAGGUGGAAUGCCACCAUCACCAAUUGCUGAGGGUACAGAGACAACCCCUGAGCAGAUCAAUGCCUCACAGGUACACAAUCCAGGGCCAUCGCAGACACCAAUGUCAAGUCACUCCCAGCAUACACCGCCCCCAGCUAUUCCCCCAUCUAGACAGCCAUCUUUGUACAACGAAAACGACACUCUUGGUUCAGACGAGUCAACUCUAAAAGCUCUUGAUCAACAACGACCUACUUCUGUAGCUCAGAGAAGUAUUCGGCGCUCAGGUGGCCUUGGUCGCAUGAAGUCUAUUCGAGAAGUCGCACGCGGUGCUCACGAGGCCAAUAAGAGAACCACCUCAACCAACCAGGGACACGCAGCCACUAACAUCAUGCGUCGAAAGAGCACAAAGAUGUUCAAUGCCAACAUUGUGCAAAUCCGACCGGACAGGCGCGGCAGUGUCAUCAUGCCCCAAAUUCCUCAGGAAGCAGUGCCGAAACGCCAGACGACAUUUAGGUGGUUCAAGGGUCAGCUUAUCGGCAAGGGUACCUACGGUCGUGUCUACCUCGGUAUGAAUGCCACCACUGGAGAGUUCUUGGCUGUCAAGGAAGUUGAAGUUAACCCCAAGGCUGCUGGUGGCGACAAGAGCAAGAUGAAGGAGCUUGUCGCGGCCCUGGACCAGGAAAUCGACACCAUGCAGCACUUGGAUCACAUCAACAUCGUGCAGUAUCUGGGUUGCGAGAGAAAGGAAACUAGCAUCAGUAUCUUCCUCGAGUAUAUUUCUGGUGGUAGUAUCGGAUCGUGCCUGCGCAAGCACGGCAAGUUUGAGGAGUCUGUGGUCUCGUCACUGACGCGGCAGACUCUCUCUGGUCUGGCAUAUCUUCAUCGCGAGGGCAUUCUGCACCGCGAUCUCAAGGCCGACAAUAUUCUCCUCGAUUUGGAUGGAACGUGUAAGAUCAGUGAUUUUGGUAUCUCCAAGAAAACAGACAACAUUUACGGCAACGACAAGACCAACUCGAUGCAAGGGUCAGUCUUUUGGAUGGCACCCGAGGUUAUUCGCUCUCAAGGCGAAGGCUACAGCGCCAAGGUGGAUAUUUGGAGUUUGGGCUGUGUGGUCUUGGAGAUGUUUGCUGGCAAGCGUCCGUGGGCCAAGGAGGAGGCUGUUGGUGCCAUAUAUAAGAUUGCCAACGGUGAAAGACCACCCAUUCCUGAAGAUAUUCAGGAUACUCUUGGGCCAUUGGCUGUGGCCUUUAUGAUGGAUUGUUUCCAAGUAAAUCCCUUUGAUCGCCCUACAGCAGAUGUGCUCUUGUCACAGCAUCCAUUCUGUGAACUCGAUCCAAACUACAACUUCUACGACACGGCAUUGUACCAUAGGAUCAAGUCGUUCAAAUAA